UCAUCACCAGCAUACACUCCAGUGGAGAGCCGCGCGAGGGAGGCACGCGCCGUUAUCUGUUCUUUAAUUCAUUUUGUUUACUUACAUCUUAAUUAAUCACCACCGGGAGCCCCGGGUGAUGACACGCGCUCACGCCGGGCUGUAGGCGUCCUCAGGCGGGUUCUGGUGCAGAUGAAGAUGAUGAGGAGUAAAUAAGGUUUCUGCUGCAGGAACUCUGGUAGAGGAUGGGCUGUGCGCAGUGUAAGGAUAAGGACCCUAAGCUGGUGGACACUGAUGGCGGUCAGUUCGGCGCCGGGCGGGUGUGCUAUAAUGACCCGAUCGCAGUCAGCGCCAUCCCCAACUACAACGACUUCAACCCUGCAGGGGGCGCUCAGGGGGUCUCUGUGUUCGGAGGACUCAACACGCACACCGGAACACUGCACACCAGAGGAGGAACAGGUGUGACUCUGUUUGUGGCUCUGUAUGAUUAUGAGGCUCGUACUGAGGAUGACCUGAGUUUCCAGAAGGCCGAGCGCUUCCAGAUCCUCAACAACACUGAGGGGGACUGGUGGGAAGCUCGUUCUCUCACCACUGGAGGAACUGGAUACAUUCCCAGUAAUUACGUCGCUCCCAUCGACUCCAUCCAGGCCGAGGACUGGUACUUUGGUAAGAUGGGCCGGAAAGAUGCUGAGAGGCAGCUGCUGUCCCCAGGUAACGUGCGGGGCGCCUACCUGAUCCGGGAGAGUGAAACCACAAAAGGUGCCUUCUCACUGUCUCUCCGGGACUGGGACGAGGUUAAGGGUGACCACGUGAAGCACUAUAAGAUCCGUAAGCUGGACAGUGGUGGAUAUUACAUCACCACCCGCGCCCAGUUCGAAACGCUGCAGCAGCUGGUCCAGCAUUACUCAGAGCGAGCUGCAGGUCUGUGUUGCCGCCUGAUCGUUCCGUGCCAUAAAGGGAUGCCGCGCCUGACUGACCUGUCGGUCAAAACCAAAGACGUGUGGGAGAUCCCACGGGAGUCGCUGCAGCUUAUAAAGCGGCUGGGCAACGGCCAGUUUGGGGAGGUCUGGAUGGUGCAUGCAGACGGUUUGUGCUAUCAUUUAACGGGCGUGUGCGUGACCUACGUACCAGACACAGUGGGUCUUACCCACGAUGCCUGGGAAAUCGCCCGCGAGUCUCUGCAUCUGGAGGUCAAGCUGGGGGCGGGAUGUUUUGCUGAUGUCUGGUGUGGCACGUGGAACGGCACCACUAAAGUGGCGGUGAAGACGCUGAAGCCGGGCACCAUGUCCCCCGAGUCUUUCCUGGAAGAAGCUCAGAUCAUGAAGAAGCUCCGCCACGAUAAACUGGUGCAGCUUUACGCCGUCGUCUCCGAGGAGCCCAUCUACAUCGUCACUGAAUUCAUGAGCAAAGGAAGUCUGCUGGAUUUCCUGAAGGACGGAGAAGGACGAGCGCUGAAGCUGCCCAACCUCGUCGACAUGGCCGCUCAGGUGGCAGGUGGUAUGGCCUACAUCGAGAGGAUGAACUACAUCCACAGAGAUCUGCGCUCCGCUAACAUCCUGGUGGGAGAUAAUCUGGCGUGCAAGAUCGCUGACUUUGGUCUGGCCAGACUCAUCGAGGACAACGAGUACACGGCCAGACAAGGAGCGAAGUUUCCCAUUAAGUGGACGGCCCCAGAGGCUGCGCUCUACGGGAGAUUCACCAUUAAAUCAGACGUCUGGUCAUUCGGCAUCCUCCUCACGGAACUGGUGACCAAAGGCCGAGUGCCGUAUCCAGGGAUGAAUAACCGGGAGGUUCUGGAGCAGGUGGAGCGCGGUUACCGUAUGCAGUGUCCGGCCGACUGCCCCAUCUCUCUGCAUGAGCUGAUGGUUCUGUGCUGGAAGAAAGAUCCGGAAGACCGGCCCACCUUCGAGUACCUGCAGGCUUUUCUGGAGGAUUAUUUCACCGCCACGGAGCCGCAGUACCAGCCCGGAGACAACCUUUAACUUCCCCCUGCUCUCACCCACGCCGGGGAAACCCCUUUAGCGCCCCCUACUGUCUGGAAGCGAUAGCGCAGCUUCAGGAAGUAACAAACUGUCCCCAACGAAUGAGGAGUGGAAGCUGCCGGUGGCUUAGGCCGAGGCUAAAGUAGAAAAUUUAGCCAAAUCUGAUGGAGGGGAGGUACAGGAGGGGAUUGUGGGUAAUGUAGGAAAUGGAAGAGGUGGGAAGGAAGAUGUGGUGCCUUCAGAUGGUCCUCGUAAACUCGUAAAAAAUAAGUGGUAAACAUGGUAGCUGUGACGCAUCUAUGUAUUCUCUGUUUUCUCUGUUACCACGGCAACACAAGUAGGAAGUGGGCCAAGCUAAUAUAUAGCAGAUACAUUGAUGAUUUCAAAAGCAGCAAUUUAGGACAGAACAGGUGCAGUUAGUUCUGACUGGUAAGCAGGUUCACCAGCUUCAGCUGUUCUAGCAUCGCUAGCUAGCUAAGAUAGCGUUGUAGCCUUUGCCGCUAGCUACUGUAGCAUGGCUGAAGUUGAAAUUAAACCCCACAUAUAACGUAAAUAUUUGAGGGGAAUUUAAUGAAUUGUUUUGUAGUUGGUGAUGUGAUCGGUCCAUACCAGCGCGUGCGCUUUCUGUCCGUGUGUGGGAUUACGAGUUGCCGAAAUGCUACGCUUGUUGGGGGGUUUUACGAGUUCACAAGAACCAUCGAAACGCUCCGCUUGUUGGGGUUGAGUUACGAUGCAGCGAAGCGGCUGCAGGGAGUGUAAAUAUAAACGGCCAGUCUGCUCGAUCUGCUCUCUACAUGUGUUUAUUUGGGUUCUGUUGUGUUUCUGUUUCUGUUCUGCCGAUUGUGUUGCGCUAACAGGUUAGCCUUAGCGAUUACUAAUGAAUCAGGAGGAUCCUGUGGAGGAUGAAGUGCAUCUGUGGUGAAGCUCUUCUCACUGUGCCAGUUAUAAACGUGGUUUUUCUGUUUUGUUUUUUGGCUUUUAUUUCUUUGUAUUUUGUUGUUAAUGUUCUCUUUGAAAGAAUAGUUUGGCAAAAAAAUUAAAUUUACAAAAACGUAGUCGAUUAGCCAGGAACUUUUUGGAUGAAAGUAUGUUAGCGUAGUUAAACAGUAGCAGACACCUUUUGUUUUAGUGUAUGUUUAUGGAUAACAGGGUCAGAAACCACAUAAUCAAGUCUGUUAGAGGUACUGAACACCUCCACACACCGUGAGGAGAGUGUGCAGUUAGCAACAUUUGUUAUCUCCAUUGGCUUCAUAGCUCCAGCGCUAAAACAAAGAAGCACCAAACCUGUCUGGGCAGAUCGGCUACAUUUUUGUGGGAGAAUUAGAUUUUCUGCCAAACUAUGAAUUUAAAACAAUAGAGUUUUCCUUAAUUUUAAAAUCAUAAUUUUAAAAAUAAUAAUAUAUGUUGCGUUUUUUGUCUUCAGCUAAAUGUAUGAGAAAACUUUCAAACAUAUCCUCUACACUGUUGAAGUGGGAAACCUUUGGGCUUUCUCCAACUGUGGAUCCAGGACACGGGGAGAGAUUCCUGGAACCGGACGUUUAUUCCAGAUGAAGGACGGAUGUUUUGCGCCCUCAUUUCUAGCGAUGUUACUUUACCCCCCCUCCUUUCUCAGGUGUUACGACGAUCAGACCCUCAUAGAAAAACAUGGACGACUCUCCACACCUAAAAGUCUUCUCUCUCCUACACGUAACGGGGUGGACGUUACGUCUCACAUUUUCUUAGUGUUUUUUUUUUUCAUUUUUUUAUUCUGUGUUCUUUAGGAUUUUGUUAUAUGUAUAAUAUUUAACCUUAAGAUCGAUUUAUUACUGUUUGGAGGGUGAGGACAGUGUGACGGGGCCAUUUCUCCUCGUUCCCUUUCACAGAUCCAGUUAAAGGUUUCUACAAGCCUGAUAUAAUGGAUGUUGUAUCCAAUGUGAUCUAAAAGCUUAAGCUUAAACACUUAAAAGUCAAUAAGUCAAUGAAUACAUUUCCGAAACAGAAAUAACUGUGUUAAAUAGUAAAAUAAGAACAUUCUUGACAAGCAGAUGUAUUCAAACUCUUAACUGGAACUAUAGGUCAUAUAGGAGCCUAUAUUGACAUAUAAGAGUGUAUAGGAGCAUGUAGGAGCCUGUAAGAGCCUAUAGGAAACUGUAUGUGCACAUAAGGAGCCUUUAGGAGCAUACAGAACUUCACAGGAGCCUAUAGGAGUGUACAGGAGCCUAUAGGAGCGCAUGUUAGCCUACAGGACCGCAUAGGAUUCUCUAGGAGCGUAUAUGACCUUUUAGGGGAACAUAGGAGAAUAUAGGAGUAUACAGGAGUAUAUAGAAGAGUAUAAGAGUGCAUAUGAGAGUACAGGAGCAUAUAGGAGCUUAUAGGACCUUACAGGAGCGUAUAGGAGUAUAUAGGAGCGUAUAGGAGUAUAUAGGAGCGUAUAGGACCUUACAGGAGCGUAUAGGACCUUACAGGAGCCUAUCAGAGCUUGUAGGAGUGUAUAGGAGAGUACAGGAGCGUAUAGGAGCUUGUAGGAGCGUAUAGGAGAGUACAGGAGCGUAUAGGAGCUUGUAGGAGUGUAUAGGAGAGUACAGGAGCGUAUAGGAGCUUGUAGGAGUGUAUAGGAGAGUACAGGAGCGUACAGGAGCUGGUGAUGAAGGAUGUUCAUGUCGCUGAGGUUUCUGUGUUUGCUUUAACAGUAACAGUACUGUAUUAGGAAUCCACUCUUCUGUUUUCUAUUUCAGUUUUUAACAUGUUUGUUAACACAUUGAUUUGUCAUUUGGAAAUAAAGUACAGUAUUUUACA